AAUGCUUUCAGCUCUCCGUCGCUUCCGGCUCUCCGUCACUUCCCGCUCCGCGUGACAGACCAAGUGGAGCUGGGGGCUGUCCAGUCGGGCUCGUGAGCCUUUUCACAGGAUGUCUCUCCGCUGCGGCGGGGUCUCCGGCAUCCUUGGGUCCCGGGUACUUGGAAACUAUUUGUGUAGUCAGUACAAAACAUUAAGUUCUUUGCCAGACAAAAAGAAAGAGUUUCUACAGAAAGGACCAGACCUUCAGGAUUUUAUAUCUGGUGACCUUUCAGACAAGAACACCUGGGCUGAAUAUAAAGGAAAUUUGAAACGACAAAAAGGAGAGAGGCUAAGCUUGCCACCAUGGCUAAAAACAGAGAUUCCUAUUGGAAAAAACUACAAUAAAUUGAAAAACACUUUGCGGAAUUUAAAUCUCCAUACAGUAUGUGAAGAAGCACGAUGCCCCAACAUCGGGGAGUGCUGGGGAGGGGGAGAGUAUGCUACUGCUACAGCCACUAUCAUGUUGAUGGGGGACACUUGUACAAGAGGUUGCAGAUUUUGUUCUGUUAAGACUGCAAGAAAACCACCUCCAUUGGAUCCUAAUGAGCCCUACAAUACAGCAAAAGCAAUUGCAGAAUGGGGACUUGAUUAUGUUGUGCUAACAUCAGUGGAUCGAGAUGAUCUACCUGAUGGGGGAGCUGAACACUUUGCAAAGACAGUUUCACAUUUAAAGGAUAGGAAUUCAAAUAUAUUAGUGGAAUGCCUGACCCCUGAUUUCCGAGGAGACCUUAAAUCUGUUGAGAAAGUUGCACUCUCAGGAUUAGAUGUAUAUGCCCAUAAUGUGGAAACUGUUCCGGAAUUACAAAGGAAAGUACGUGAUCCCCGAGCCAAUUUUGACCAAUCUCUGCAAGUACUAAAACAUGCCAAGAAGGUUCAGCCAGAUGUCAUUUCCAAAACAUCCAUAAUGUUGGGCUUAGGAGAGACUGAUGAGCAAGUACAUUCAACAAUGAAAGCCCUACGCGAGGCAGAUGUGGACUGUUUGACUUUAGGACAAUAUAUGCAACCAACAAAGCGUCACCUUAAGGUAGAAGAGGUAUGUUACUCCUGAAAAGUUCAAGUACUGGGAAAAAAUAGGAAAUGAAACUUGGAUUUCAUUAUACUGCCAGUGGACCACUAGUACGCUCCUCAUAUAAAGCAGGAGGGAGAAAACAUGCAAGAGGAAAAGAUCAAAGAUAAAGGGGAAUGAUAUCAAAAUGUAAGUGCUAAACAAAAUUUAAAAUUCACAUGGUGAGUACAUUACGAAGCAAGUUUUAUCUUCCCCCUUGGGACUGAUUGAGUUGAAUAGUUUUCACCAAUUCUAUUUACUCAGCCACAAAAAAAUGCCUGGUUUUUAAAACAUCAUACCCUGGUUAAUAAUGUUUUCAGAAAUGAAUUUUGCCAAUAGUUACAAAUCCAUUUUGUUGGUUAGUUUAUAGAAUACAAAUUAAAUAUAUAACUGUAUACUUACAAAAUAGGGAUCUCUUUUACACUAUUAGGUCAUGAGAAAGAAUAACAUUAAAAGGGCACAUGCUAAGAAAAGGAUUGAGGGCUGGUAGUAAUUAUAGGGCCAAAAGGCAGCUAGAGAAUGAUAAAGGUGAGGAAGCUAGUAGUUCUGUUAAAUUAGAAAAAUAUUGGGUUUGAGAUUUGAAAGAAAUUACAAAUUCCAGGGUUGAAAAUAUCUCAAAAUAGCAAAUGAAGCAAUUUUGAACCAUUAUAAUUGAAUAAUUAAAUUCUAUACACUUAAUUUUUUUUCAAAUGAAAUUACUGUAAUUGGAAUAUUAAUAAUAAAUUGUUAUUUUUUCCUUCAAAUAGGUGAAUUUUUCCUGAAAAAUCUAGUGGCAAAAAAGGAAGACAAGAAACCAAUGAAUCUAUAAAUUGAUAAGACUUCUUUUAAAGUCCCCAACAUUUAUUGAUCAACAUUAUUAGGCAUCCUUAACACCAGAAAUGAUUAUAUCUGGUGGAAAUAUGCCCCAACUUUGUUAAACAUUUUCCAAGCAGUGAGGUGCCAUUUUUUGUUUUUUUUUUCUUGUUUUUUAGUUAAUCAUUUGGUAAUACAUUUUUUCUCAUUUUCCCUUUGAACUUUAGCUUAUUGAAAUAAAAGCAUAAAACAUC